UAUAAUAAGGUUAUGGAUUGUUUAGGUAAUAUUUAACUUGUUACCUAGAAAAGGAGAUACAGUGCUUAGCAAGUCCAACCAAAGAUUAAAGGAUAAGUAGUAAAGUCAAAAGACCAGUAAAUUAAAGUCUUGUAGAGAAAGGAAGAAGGAAGAUUCAUGAUCCUUGAUAAAAUUCAAGUUUGGUGAAAUUCUAAAGACCACGGUUUAGAUUUUUGGGGUUUGCUUUGGAAUAAGAUAAUGGAUCAUCAAUGGCGCAUGAGGUUUUCGUUCAAGAACGCAACAAUUGCUCUCACUGUCAUCAACGUUCUCAUCUUCCUCUUCCUCCUUCAGGGCUUUUUCACUUCCUCCUCUUCUCCAUCUUCUUCUUCUUCUUCUCGCCGACUCAUUUCAGCUCAGCUUCGGUAUAUCAAGGAAGCCGAAGAACUUAGGCUCAAGAUGCAACCUUUAGAGCUCAUCAGAAGAGUCCGAGAAAUCGAACAAGAGGCAUCUGCGGGACAAGAAACCGAGCAGCAGAAAGAUGUGAAGCAGACUACAGCCGUUGAUCUCUCUAAACGACUGAAGGAUUUCCGUGCGCUAAACGAUGCAUCGAGCUUGAAAGCAUUGGAAGAAUGGCGAAAGCGGAAAAUGGAACGAGCAAGACAACGGGAUCUUGAGAAAACCGGAGGAGUUUCUUCGUCCACCAAAACAUCAUCAUAAACGUCACUAAUUCUCUAAAUAUCAUAAAAUUAUUGAACAUUAUAAGUCUCAUAGAAAAAAUUAUACUUACUAGUGUAAAGACAGACAGAGAUGCUGGAAACCUGUCAAAACACAGGAAAAGAAAAGAAAGGAUAUGUAUGUUACUCAGUAAGAUUUUUAAACACACUUGUGUUUUGGUCAAUUCAUCAAAUAUACCUUAAUCAUAUAGUCUGGUGCCCAGUGCAGCUCAAGUUUAUGGUCAUCACCAUUGUGGCCUGUAUCAGUCAUCUUUAUUACAUAAAUUUGAUUCAUAUUU